AUGGCCUCUUCCUCCGCCCGACCCAGCGUAGUCCCGCAAGCCGACCUUGAAUCGUUCCAGGAGCACUUGAACAAGUCCACCCGCAUACUCGCACUCCUAGGCGCAGGCCUGUCCGCCUCUUCAGGUCUGCCCACAUUUAGAGGCGCGGGAGGCCUGUGGAGAACCCACGAUGCGACCCAACUAGCCACACCAGAGGCAUUCUCAGCAGACCCCGGCCUGGUAUGGCAGUUCUAUAGCUACAGACGACACAUGGCCCUCAAGGCGAAACCGAACCCCGCCCACUACGCCCUCGCCGAGCUAUCCAGAAAGAAGGAGCAUUUUCUCACACUGUCCCAGAACGUAGAUGGUCUCUCCCCGCGCGCAAACCACCCCGAGGAGUCCCUGAAGCUUCUCCACGGCUCGCUGUUCGACGUCAAAUGCUCAGACUUCUUCUGCAACUACCUCGAGAAGAACAAUUACACCGACCCCAUCGUGCCCGCGCUCGAGAUCCCCACCUCCGAAGAAGAUCCCACCACCACGUCCGCCCUCGCUUCGCGCGAACUCGACAUCGCAGACGAGAAUGUGCCCAUCCCCGAGCUGAGCUACAGACACCUGCCCAAAUGUCCGAAAUGCAAGCGCGGCCUGCUGCGCCCGGGCGUAGUGUGGUUCGGCGAAAUGUUACCCGAGAAGGUGCUGAAUGAUAUCGAAGAUUGGAUACACAAGGAGAAUAAGAUAGAUUUGAUUAUGGUGGUUGGGACGAGUGCGAAGGUAUACCCAGCUGCGGGAUUCGUCGACCGCGCAAGAGCAAAGGGUGCGCGAGUCGCUAUCAUCAACAUGGACAAGAACGACGUGCCUGCGAGCGGACUGUACAAGGGCGACUGGUUCUUCCAGGGCGAUGCAGCGCAGAUCCUACCUGAGAUACUGAAGAGCGUCAUUGGCGAGUUGAAAGAGACACCUGAUGCUGCUGUGGAAGGCGACAAUGCUGUCACGCAAACUUCAUGA